CAGGCCAGAGCUACAUGGAGAGACCCUGUCUCAAACAACAAAAUUGUGCAUGGAAGUAUUUCUUAUUAUGGAGGCUAAAUAUUCUGCAUUUGGAAACUUCUUUAGUACUAUGUAUCAACACAUUCUAGGAUGUAAAUACAUAAAGUUUGAAUUUUGCUGAAGAAUGAUCUAAUUAUUCUCAACUCUGACAUAAACCCUAGUUCCCCAAAUCUGCACUAUUCUAGGAAUAUUGGUUUCUGAGUCCAAAAAUAUCAUCUAGCCUUUCCUCAUUUUACAGAUGGUGAAACAAAAUCUGAAGAGAUACUAGUUUCUGUACGUCAGAGUGAAAAGUAGAAACUUCCGUCUCUCUGUAUUUAAAUCCUAAUAUCUAAACUGGGCAGACACAAGAUCAGCAAAGCUGGUUCGGACUUCGAUAGGUUCCCUUGCUGAAACCUGUGAGGAGAGGAAUGAGCAUCUUUUGGUGGAAGUCUAGGCUUCUGUAGUUCUUACAUAAACUUCACGGAGAGGGGGUAAACCCUGCAGCUCAGGAGACGGUAACAACGCUUGAACUUCUCCGCGCUAGGGGGUGCUAGACGCUCUAUUUUAGUCACAGGAACCUGAGGAUUCACCAACCGGAAAUUCUUUGCCCAUAACAAAGAUGGCGCCUGGUGACCUACACCAAUCAGGUUGCUUUACUGAGAGGCGGUGUUUUACCCCCUCCGAGAAUCAAGGUCAUCGUACAAUUCCGGCGUAGCCAAUCAGAGCGUCCUCCCUAGGCGAGCGUGUGACGUCAGAGGCGGGGCGGAGUCCAGUUGUAAUUUUUGGCGCGUUCCUGCGUGGACCGGGAAGAGCACCGGGUCUUGGCCAAGCUUCUUCAUUCCUCACCUCCUGGGCCACCUACCUGAUCCACCUUCACGCUUGCUCAUCUCCACUACUGUCCUGACAGCAUGGAUGUGGAGGAAGAUGACCUGUCUCUGCUGACGUCUCUGCUGGAGGAGAACGAGGCCGCCUUGCCUUGUCAUUCAGAAGAGAGUAACUCCUUGUCUCUAAAAGAUGGUGAACCUGAUGAAUUUGAUGAGCUUUUUGAUGCUGAUGGCGAUGGUGAAUCUUACACAGAAGAAGCUGACGAUGGAGAAGAGGGGAAGACAGGAAACCAGGAGGAAAAUUUGGCCACUCUCUUUGGCGAUGUGGAGGAUUUAACAGAUGAUGAACUUCCUACACUGCAAGUUGAAAACAAGGUCCCUACUCCCAGCCAAGGAAAAACCAAUCAGGAGUUGCAAGAUGAAUUAAAGAAGCUGCAAGAGCAAAUGAAAUCCUUACAGGAGCAGCUAAAAGCAGCAUCCAUUGAACAGCCUCCAAGUGCAGCCGUUUUGCACGAAUCACCAGGGGCAUCUCUUCGGCCCCCUCUUAAGGAGAAGAAAGUUCGGAGAAUUCAGGAGUCAGUGUGCUUCUCUGCAGAGCUUGAUGUCCCUGCCUUACCCAGAGCCAAGCGGGUGGCUAGGAUGCCAAAGACUCCUGCAGAGUCAUCUUCAAGGACAAGUACACCUUCACAACCACUACAGGUCAUUUCCAAUUUUCUGGAGCCCCAAAGCUCCUCUUCAAGGGCAAAAAGUGCACCCUCACCACAAACUGUUCCUGGAAACAAACCCAGUGGGAUGACUAGAAAUCAGAGUGCAGGAACCCCUGGGAAUUCUGAGGAACGGCCCCCACAGGUGCCCCAGGUCUCCGUGGAAGCCUUCUCGGGCCUACGCCUCAGGCGACCUCGAGUGUCCUCCACAGAAAUGAACAGGAAAAUGACAGGUCGGAAACUGAUCAGGCUGUCUCAGAUCAAGGAGAAAGUGGCAACUGAGAACCUGGAAGAGACGGACUGGGUGACAUUUGGGGUUAUACUAAGGAAAGUCACUCCACAGAGCGCUAACAGUGGGAAAACAUUUAGCAUCUGGAAACUGAACGAUCUUCGUGACCUGACUCGGUGUGUAUCCCUGUUCUUGUUUGGAGAAGUCCACAAAGAUCUCUGGAAGACAGAGCAAGGCACUGUCAUAGGCUUGCUCAAUGCAAAUCCCAUGAAGCCCAAAGAAGGCUCCGAGGAGGUGUGCUUAUCUAUUGACCAUCCGCAAAAAGUCUUGAUUAUGGGAGAAGCUAUGGACCUGGGAACCUGUAAAGCCAAGAAGAAGAAUGGCGAGCCCUGUACACAGAUUGUUAAUUUGCAUGACUGUGAAUACUGCCAGUACCACAUCCAGGCCCAGUAUAAGAAGCUUAGUGCAAAGCGGUCCGAUCUGCAGUCCACCUUCUCUGGGGGCCGGAUUCCCAAGAAGUUCCGAAAAGGCAACAGCCUCAAAGAGCGCCUGUGCCAAGAUGGUUUCUACUAUGGUGGGGUUUCUUCUGAGUCCUUCGCAGCAUCCAUGGCAGCAGCUAUGGCCCCUAAGAAGAAGGUUCAAACCACUUUGACUAAUCUGGUUGUGAAGGGCACAAACUCCAUCAUCCAGGAAACAAAACAAAAACUUGGAAUUCCCCAGAAGAGCUUGUCUUGCUCCGAGGAGUUCAGGGAGUUGAUGGCCCUGCCCACAUUUGGAGCCAGAAACUUAAAGCAUUUAGCCAAAGCCAAGACUUCAGGCAUAAUGGGGAGCCCAAAACCUGCCAUCCAGUCUAUCUCCGCAUCAGCCCUCUUGAAGCAGCAGAAGCAACAGAUGCUAGAAAUGCGGAAGAGGAAGUCAGAAGAAAUACAGAAACGAUUCCUUCAAAGCUCAAGUGAAGUCCAGAGCCCAGCAGUGCCAUGUUCGUCUCGACAGUCUGCUGCCCAGUCUCCUCGGAUUGGAGCCGAGUUCCCCAAGUUGGAAAGAACCACAGCCCCCCAGAUGCCCAAGCUUGGUAGAGGCAUCUCAGAAGGGGAUGAUGUCCUCUUUUUUGAUGAAUCUCCACCACCCAAACCAAAACUGAGUGCAGCGGCAGAAGCUAAAAAGUUAGCUGCCAUUGCCAAAUUAAGGGCAAAAGGCCAGAUUCUUGCAAAAGCGGAUCCAAACAGUAUUGUAAGGAAGCAAAUGGACCCCCAAGAUGUGCUGGAAGUGAAGGAGCGUGCAGAGAAGAACAACACGGUUUCUCCUGAAGAUGAGUUAGAGCCUGCCAGGAAGAAAAGGAGAGAGCAACUUGCCUACUUAGAGUCAGAGGAAUUCCAGAGAAUUCUAAAAGCAAAGUCCAAGCACACAGACAUCCUGAAAGAGGCCGAGGCCGAGGCACAGAACUCCUAUUUUGAGCCACUGGUGAAGAAAGAACAAAUGGAAGAAAAGAUGAGGAGCAUCAGAGAAGUGAAAUGCCGAGUGGUGACAUGCAAGACGUGUACCUACACCCACUUCAAGCCUCUGGAGACCUGCAUCAGCGAGCAGCAUGACCUCCAUUGGCACGAUGGUGUGAAGAGGUUUUUCAAAUGUCCUUGUGGAAACAGGACCAUCUCCCUUGACAGGCUCCCAAAUAAGCACUGCAGCAACUGUGGCCUUUACAAGUGGGAGCGGGACGGAAUGCUAAAGGAGAAGACUGGUCCAAAGAUAGGGGGAGAAACCCUGUUGCCGAGAGGCGAAGAGCAUGCCAAGUUUCUGAACAGCCUUAAGUAACCCUCUGCAGAUGGUUUCUCACACCCGGCCUUCCUCCUUGUGGCUCUGAGAAAGCAGGAGAUUGGCUCUGUGUGUGUGGCCCUUCUUCCUGGUUGACACUGUGAGAAAGAAGUGCUUGGUGAGCACACUGCUUACUCACUUCCUUCCCUGUGUGCUGGUUUGACACAUGGUUGACAUCACCAUGCACGUGGGGAAUCAGGAUACCGUGGUCUUUCCUGUUCACACGUCAGUACCUGCCUUACAGCAAGCCACACAGAUUUUUGCCCCGAAACUGAAAGGUGACCAGAGAGCUGAGCUUCUGGGUCUCCUUGUUGGGGGCAGAGAAUACAUUUUUUUCCUGAAUCACAGUCAAGUUCAAGUGUUAAUAGGGACACCGAAAGACGAAAGAACGAAUUUAGGAUGGCUGUUUCCCAACUACUAGGCUUGGUUUCCUUGUAUGUAAAAUGAAGCCUGGGCUACAUGUCGUGUAAUGCCCCAACACUCGGGUUCUGGGUGAUGACUUUCCUUGCUGAGUCUGGGUGUGCUGACUGACAUCAGAGCCACACUCUUUCCUUGAGUUCCAGCUACCUCAGCUUUGACUUGGACAUCAAGUCACUGCGUUGACACAGAGAGGGAAGUGCUCGGCUGACAGUGCUGGGGGACGCAGAUAGAAAUCCCUAACGGUGGGUUGAUGUAAAAUAAAGCAGACAUACAACCGAGAAGCUGUAAAGCAUGACUCGAAACUAACUGUGCCAGACAGAUCCCAUGGGCUUUGGGGGUCGAAGGUAACUUUAUUGUGUAUGUCAAGAACCUUAGAGGUCAAAGCCUGUAGUUUACCCCAGGAAACAUAGUUCUUGAGAUCAGGCUGGCUGGACAGCCUAUUUUUAAAUAGUAUUCGGCCUGGAUAAAUGCCGGUGCUAAUGAUAGAAUAAGCCAGAAGGAGCGUUACCCCGGAGUCUGAUAACAUCAUGUCAAGAGUAUAAUCCUAUGGGAAGGAGGUAUGAAGACAGGUGGUUGAGACUUUAAAGAGCCAGAUACAGUCGCAUACUCCGGAUUCCACACCGUGGUGUUCCUGCUCUGUCUGGGCAGAAGGUGCUACCAUCACGUUUCCCUUGAGGUCUGACCACCAUCCUCUUAGGAGUGCUGUACUUACAGGAGGGUUUGGACUUAGGUUUCUAAUUUAACAAAGAAAAAUAAAGUGUUUAUUCGUUGAACCAAAGUGUUUAUUCGUUAAACCAAAAGGUACUUAAAACUGAUAUUUAGAACAGAGAUGUAUCUGAAGUCAGUGGCACAGCUACUUAGAACUUGAACAGUGGAUUGCUCCUCCUUUACUAUGUGGGACAUGUGUUCUCAUCUGAACGGGGCAUGACUGGAGUCUUCACCUGCGUGCUGUCUUUAAAAUGUUUCUGUGUUUACAAAGCUUCAUGGGGACCUGAGCAUACAUACCUUUGUUUUGAAACGUUUAAAUUUUAGAUAAUUGGAAACACAGUGGAACCACUUCCCACUAUACUGAAUAUUGAAAGGCUUUAAUUUGUGCGCAUUGUGUGUGUGGUUUCCCAGAAUAUUCAGGGGUAAGGAGGGGUACUUAUGAGCCUUGAAAAUAUUCAUUAAUGGAAUUAGUCUUUUAAUCCUGCUUUUUAGUGCUUUUACCAACUAUUAAAUACUUUCAUACAAA